AUGUCCGAUUUCGAAGACGAGAUGGACGUCGACGUCCCCGUGUCCAAGGACAUCACCUUCUCCUCAGACGCCAAGCAGGGCAAGCGCAGCGCCGCCAACCUCCCCGUCGAAGCCGAAGACAGUCUGCCGUGGGUUGAAAAGUACCGCCCAGUAAGCCUUAACGAUGUGUCCGGACACCAGGAUAUUCUCGCCACCAUCAACAAGUUUGUCGACUCGAAUCGUCUUCCUCACCUCCUCCUCUACGGGCCCCCGGGAACUGGCAAGACCUCGACGAUCCUCGCCCUCGCGCGCCGCAUCUAUGGCACCGAGAACAUGCGGCAGAUGGUUCUCGAGCUCAACGCUUCAGAUGAUCGAGGCAUCGACGUCGUUCGCGAGCAGAUCAAGACCUUUGCCUCGACAAAACAAAUAUUCACUCUCGGUCCCUCAGCUAAAUCAGGCAGCGGUGGCAGCAUGGCAUCGUACAAGCUCAUCAUCCUCGACGAGGCCGAUGCUAUGACGAACACGGCGCAGAUGGCGUUGCGUCGCAUCAUGGAGAAGUACACUGUCAACACGCGGUUCUGCAUCAUUGCAAACUACUCACACAAGCUUUCACCGGCACUGCUAUCAAGAUGCACGAGGUUCCGAUUCAGUCCGUUGAAGGAGCGCGAUAUCAGGGUCUUGGUGGAUAAGGUGAUUGAGGAGGAGCACGUCAAAAUCAUUCCCGAUGCCACGGAAGCAUUGGUGAAGCUUAGCAAGGGCGACAUGAGAAGAGCACUCAAUGUGCUCCAGGCUUGUCACGCGUCAAGUACCCCGUUGCAACCCAAGGACGCACCCAAGGUGGCCGAGGCCGACAUUGUGAGGGAAACCAUCUCUACAGAUACGAUAUAUAACUGCAUCGCCGCCCCUCAGCCCGACGCUGUGCAGGAGAUCUUGGAUGUUUUAUUGAGCACAACAGACGUGACGUCUUGCCUGACUACUAUCAACACCCUAAAGGUGUCUCGGGGCCUCGCCUUGGCAGAUAUCAUCACGGCUCUAGCGGAGCAACUGACAACACUCGAGGUCAAGCCGGAAAUCAUGAUCAAGUGGCUCGAUGGGCUGGCGGAUAUCGAACACCGUGUGGCCGGCGGCGGCAGCGAGACAGUGCAGACGGGAGCUGUGGUGGGCGUUAUCAGGAGCGGAGCAGAGUUGAUGAGCAAAUGA